GAGCUGUCUCGGUAUAGCCUUCUUCUGACACCUUAACCACUCACCAACCCCAACAAUGUCUCUCCAACUCCGCACUCUCGCCCGCCAGCUCCCCCUCCGCACCAGCACUCGUACCUUCUCCGCCCUUGCUCGCCGCAUGGCCGAAGGCGACUCUGGCGCUCCCCGCUCGGGUGGUUCCGCUCAAUCCGAUGCCUUUACCAAGCGCGAGCAAGCCAGCGAGGACUUCUACGUCCGCCAGAAGGAAAGGGAAUACCUCGAGAGACUGAGGGCGCGGGUUAAGAGCUCAGAGGAGCAGCUAGAAAAGGAUAAGGCGGUAAGUUCGAGUUGGACAUUGACAAGGGCGCGUAGAGGCAUUGGUCACGGACUGACUGUUGGUUUGUAGGAAAUGGAGGAGAUGCAGAAGAGGAACCAGAAGUAGACGGACGGUUUCCGAGAAGGAUGUUGGUGAACGUGGUAAGUCUUCAACAGCAAAGUAGAGUGUCAGUACACCGGCGCAUCGCUAACAUUAUGUUAGGGUGUGAGAUCUUGUUUUUUUGUGGACGGAAGCUUGCUUUUAC